AUGUCUCCCAGCAUCCAUAAUUAUGUUACUGAAUUUUUGCACCCCCCUCCAAAAGAUGUCAGCAUCCUACUGUCCUUGUUCUCCUGGAGAAAUCCCGUAGUUCAGACCAGUGGAACAUACCAAACGAUCACUGUGUUGUCAAAUGCAAAAAUGUCAUGUCCGAAUAACAUAGCGCCCGGUAACUUCCUGAUGGAUUCCUUAAUGGGAGGAUCAUCUUCCUUCAGGGGUGAGGGUUAUUCCAGCAACCCCGGAAUGUACAUCCACACAGCUGCAGAGUACGGAUAUUCAGUGAUGAGAAACAUUGGGAAGGUUGGACCAUCUUCACUCUCCAAAAGAGACGAGGUUCCUGCGGGCGGUCUGCCGCUCAGCGGCUUCCAGGAUGCGCCCUACCUGUCAACACAGCUGGCCACAUGGACCCCAGGCUCCAAAACCAGUAGGGACGAACAACCUGUUGCCCAGUGUUUACAACCAUGCUCGUUUCCAGCGGGUAACGUCAAAGAGGAGGCGUUUUGUUGCCUCUAUCAGGAUGACAGCAAUAGGGGGAAACAGACAACAGAGUCGGCCACUUACAUCCGGCUUGGGGACAAUAGCUGCCGGCCGGAGCAAACUGCCGCCUCGUCCAGCGGCUGUUUCCAGGUGUACAACGGAGAGAGGCCGCAGCAGGAUGGCCAGCAGUUCCCCUCCGGCUUCCCUCUGACCCACUUGGCGACAUCUGUUGAAUCAGCAGCAGAAUCGACAAUAAAUUGCAGCAAAUCAGCGCAAGAGACCGCGAGAGAGCUUCCAAAGACAGAUGAGAGUCAGAGCAGGAAGGAAGAGAAGGCCAAGAGUGACAGCUGUUCAGAUAACUCGGACGCAGAAUUAAAAGAUGAUCUAUCCGCGGAAAAGACAACGGGAAGCUGGUUAAAAGCCAAAAGUGGAAGGAAGAAGCGGUGUCCCUACACAAAGCACCAGACGCUGGAGCUGGAGAAGGAGUUCUUGUUCAACAUGUAUCUGUCUCGGGAGCGCCGCCUGGAGAUCAGCCGGAGUAUCAACCUGACCGACAGACAGGUCAAGAUCUGGUUCCAAAACAGACGCAUGAAGCUCAAGAAGCUCAACAGGGAGAACCGCGAAAGGGAGCAGAGUGUAGUUUACAACUACUCCUGAGAUUUC